UCUGUAUUGUGUAGUAUUUAUAGUUCGGCUUAUGUGCAGGGUGCAUUAUGUAGCGAUGUGUAGCAAUGUGAACAGUUAACAGAACUCCGCUAGCGGUAGUGCGACCCCGUGCUGGGCAGCAGCGUGUGUCUGGCAACACUGUGUGUGUGUGUGUGUGUGUGUUGUUGUGGUUGUCCCUCAAACCUUCGGCGCGGCACACGGGCGGCUGCUGCUGCCAGGCCACACACGCCUUCAUCCUGCAGGAGUCAGUAAGGGAAACUCGACAGGAUCUGAUGCCCAUCCUGGUGACAGAACGACAAACUUAAACACCUGCUGCUAGCAUCGACCACUGACGGGGAGGCUACAGCCUGACUAGCCGCCCCAUAAAACACUCCAGCAGGAGAGGAACACGGUGGGCGGGGAAGGACAAACCUGUGUGCCUCACACACCCCAGCAGCGGGGCCCUGAUGCUGCCGCCCCCUCCUGACGACGACCCUCGGCCAGCACACCCCCGUGUGGCGACACAGCCCUGCACCAGCCCCGUGUGAGGCCAGCACACAGGAACAGCUGCCUGAUGAAGGACGCCACUGAAUUUGUGCCGAUGGAAGUGAAGGAAGAGCCAAUGGACCAGCAGGGGUCAUCCAGCCACUUCCCUUCCUCCUCAGCAGGGGUGGAUGGGGUCAGACAUCCAGAACAAGCUGGCUACCUGAUCAUAGACUCCAGCGAUGACCUGAAGAAAGAGGUGAAGGAGGAGCCCUUUGAGGACCACUCUUAUGCCACACUACCGACCUCCUCCUCCUCACAGCAGACCUCGGGAGCGGGUGAUCUGAGGAGUCCGUCAAGGGAUUUCAAGGAGGAGGAUGUUUGGGUGAAGGAUGAGCCCAUUGAGGAGGUGGACCCACUUGCCAUCAACACCACCACCUUCACUCCCAAGCCUGAAAGCACUUGGACCAAGGACUCUGAUGGCCAACACACUCCCCACACAGCUGAAGGCAGGACGGCACGGCUGCACGUGGCCGCUGCAACGCUGCCACAGGAGCCAGCCGCAGACCAGGACGACAGCGGCUCAGACACUGAUGAGGCGACUCAACUUGAGGAGACCAGUCAGGCCACACCAGAAGCCACUGCUAACACAUCCACAGCCACUGCUACCACAGCCCAGGCAGGGGCAGCUGCUGAUGAAGACUCUGAUGACGAGCCCGAGGAGGCCCUGACACAGGACCAGCCUGACGAUAAGGAGCUACCCCCUGGUGAUGACCAACCUGAGGAGGGCCGUGCUGAAGACUCUGACUCUCAGCACCCACACUUGGAGAGGGACGAUGAACAGCGUCAGCCUCAGAAGAAGUCUCGCCGCAAGGCUCUCCUGCUCGACGAUGACACUCAGGAGCAACUCAUCGAGUGGGUCCGGGAGCACGAAUUUUUGUGGAGGAAGGGGGCCACCGACUAUAAGGAUACAAAGAAGAAGACGGAGCUUUGGACCAGGAAGGCAAGAGAACUGGACAUUGAGGAGGGAGCUGAAGCUCUCAGGACAUGGUGGAAGUCAGUCCGGGACCUCUACGCUAAGCUUCUCUCCAAGAAGUCUGGCCAGGCUGCAGCAAACUUGACGGACAGAGAACUGUUCAUCCAGAGGAACUGCGCCUUCCUGCACAAGGAGGUGAAGCCCAGGAAAGGUCAGCCACUUAGAAGCAUACCCCUCACACAGGAACCUGUACCCAGCCAGCCUGCAGCAGCCCAGCCCUCGGCCAGCACCUCUUGGCAGCCUUCCUACGACGUCGAGGAACAGGAAGAGGACGAGGGCUCCCUCUCGCUCAUUGAAACUCAAGCAGCAGUCACGAGGUCCCUGGGCACCCCAUCACCAGUUCCCUCCUCCACUACCACCAGACCACGACGUGCCGCCACCAGAGCCGAGCCUGCAGACUCCCCUGCGAUGCUGGAGAUGAGGGAUUGUAUGAAGACCACCAACGCCCUCAUGGAGAAACUGGUCCAAGCCCAGGAGAUCAGCCAUGCAAGGCAGCCCUUCAUCACGUACAUGUCCCAGUCUCUCCAACGACUACCCGAGGCCCAGUACCAGCUCACAGUGGAGAAGAUGACGGCCAUCCUCCACGAGAUGCAGCGACCCAUCCCCCACCCCCUUCCUCCAGCUCCACCACGUCCAGCAUCAGCACUUUCAUCCGCACUCACCUUCUACCAGCAGCAGCAGCCGCAUUAUUUCCAGCCCCAGCCUCAGCAUCACGGCUUCCAGCAGCAGCCGCAUUAUUUCCAGCCCCAGCCUCAGCAUCACGGCUUCCAGCAGCAGCCUCUCGCCUUCCAGCAACAGUCUCAGCAUCAGCCUCAGCACUUCCAGCAAUUGCAGACACCCAGAGUCAGGCAGCCAUCCUCCACCCCAAGGAGCUCCAACGAAGGACUCAUGUUGUCAGACAUGCCGAACUUUUCCUCCAUUAACCACACCAACACGAGCGCUGUCAGCGAGGGGGGGAUUCUCCAGGACCUCCAGAGCCCGGAGAUGAACGUUCCACCCAUACCAAUCACCACCUCAGCCCAAGAGACUGCUGAUGUACUUGAAGAGGUACCGGCCACCAUCGAGGAGAUUUGA